AAAAAAGUGAAAAGCUCUCUCGAGUCCGAGAGAGACGAACGAAGACGACAUGGCAGAGAGAAGCCCGAGACGGCUAAGGGGUCACAAGGCCACAGCCACGUGCUGCAUCGCCUCGCGUGACCGUCCUGGCCUCGUUGUCACUUCCGGCGAGGAUGGUUGCAUUUGCUGGUUUGAUAUGCGAUGCAAAGAUGUGCAACUUAUCAUGGAUGUUGGGGAGGAACCCAUUUCAUCAUUAUGUUUCAAGUCAGGGAAUGAAGAUAUCGUUUACAUUUCUUUAGGAAAAGAAGUCAAGUGUUUUGAUGUACAUAUGGCCGCCUCAUGGAAGCCACUGGAGAGUUAUACUUAUAAUAAAGAGGAGAUAAAUCAGCUUGUAUGCAACUCUAAGUCCUCUUUUCUUGCUGCUGCAGACGACAGCGGAGAAGUUAAGAUCAUUGACGUUCACCAGCAUUGCCUUUAUAAAACAUUAAGAUCUGGCCAUACAAGUAUCUGUAGCAGUGUGCAGUUCCUUCCUUGGAGACCUUGGGAAGUUAUUACUGGAGGUCUUGAUGCGAAACUUGUUAUGUGGGACUUCUCCAAAGGGCGCCCAUACAAAGUUUUGGAUUUUAGUUUGCCUGACAUGAAGAGUAGUGGUAGUACGGGACAAUGUUUUAAUCCUGCUUUUGUCCAUGCGCUAGCAGUUCCAGAAGCAGAUAUGUUAGACAAAUUAGACAAGCUGUGUGUAGUCGCUAGGGGUGAUGGUGCUGUUGAUGUGAUUAAUAUUGACUUGGAACUUGCCGCAAUGAAGUCAAAAAGCUCCACAAAACCCUGGAAAGGAUCUCAAUCAAGAUUAAAAGACGGUAGUCCAAAUGCUGAUGUAGGAAACCUGGAUCAAAAUAGAAAACAAAGGUUGCAUUUGGAUUACUCAUUCGGUGGGCAUACUGCUGCUGUCUCUUGUGUGGCAUUUUCAUUGUUUGGGGAAAGAGGGAAAUUCAUAAUAUCAGGAGGGAACGAUAAAUCUGUGAAGGUCUGGGAUUGGUCCACCUAUCUUGAUGCAAGGGAAGCUAAUGGCAACAGUGAGCCACCUUUGAACAUCAAUCUCAGCAAAAAAGUCAAUUGGCUGUGUACCACUCCAACUGAAUCAGAAAACCUUGUUGUUUGUGAUACAACAAAAGUGGUAAAGGUCUACUCCAUAUCAUAGGCAAAAGCUACACAUUGUUGACUCUGUGGACAAAUAUUCCCAACUUUUGAGCACAAACCCCCAAUUUUCUGGCAUGGUGGAAGAUUGUCUAAAGUUUGCUUAGUCUGUUUACUAGAAGACCACACUUCAUUCUGUGAUUCCCAUUUUCUUUGGGAUCCAAAGGAAAUUUGGCAGGAUCUUACCAAUCAACUUGAUUAAGUAGCCUGUUGCAACUACCUGUUUGAUGGCACACCCGGGAAAAAGGAUCCUCUCUACUCAUGGCUAGAAUUUAAAAUUAGUUCAUCUAACAGUUUAUAUAAUGUCAAUGAUGGAACGCCUUUUAAAAUGCUUAAAUGGAGAGGAUCCUUGUCCCAUCAGUGGUCAGUAAACACCUUGUCUUUUAUGAGUGUCUAAUUAUUCUGAUUUGAAGGUAAUAGGCAUUCAGAUUGUGACAUGUCCCUGGGUUAUGGCAAACUAGUUAUUUUGUUGUUUUUUGUGAAGCCCAUCAUGCCAUUGAGGUUUAUUUAGGACGACUUUUGGGUUGUCAUUCUUCUUACCAUAAUGAUGUAAUUUUUUUUGGUUUAUAGUCCUUGUAUACUUAAUUCAGUCAGAUUGUUCUGAAUUCUACGGUUGUGAGUUUUGUGA